AUGGUUUCCUUUCACACACCCAGCUUACCAAGUCGAAGAAAGAUAAUUCAAGGGUUGGAGGAUUCAAUGAAGAAGAGGAAACGAGAGGAGGGGGAUGAUUCAAAAGCUGAAGAGGUGUUUGAAAAGCCUCAAAAUCCCAAAAGCAUGAAAUAUAUAUUCAACACUGAGAUUAACCUCGAGACUCCAUUGCCUUUGGAGUGGCAGCGUUGCCUGGACAUCAAGUCUGGGCUAAUAUACUACUACAACACAAGAACCUUAAAAAGGACAUCAAGGGAUCCAAGGGCAAGUCCAGAGCCACCAAGUCCAGGCCACAUGAGCUUAGACCUAGAGCUUAACCUACCAUGCGGAUCAGUUGAAAAGAACCCUAUUCCCAACAAAAAUUUCAACCGUAAUUUUGGUAGCAACAGCCACUCAAACAUUUCCGGUGAUCAGUUCCUGACCUCCAGCAGAAAUAAUCAGAACUCCGGCGGGUUUCCAUCGUGGUUAACCUUUGAUCAAGGGGAUCACCAAGAGAUGGUGACGGCUGUGUGCAAGAACUGUCACAUGUUGGUGAUAAUGUGCAAGUCCUCUCCUUCAUGUCCAAAUUGCAAAUUUGUUCACCCACCAGACCACAGCCCUCCUAACCUGUUCAAGAAAAGAUUAAGUCUCCUACAUGAAGGAUUGCCUAAUGUUUAG